UCUCUCUCUCACACAGACAGAGAAUACCUGGGAAUGGAGGAGUCACGAGAUUCGCCGCCGGCGCAACACGGCUUCUACAUGCCGGCUGAGUGGGAGCCUCAUGCUCAAACUUGGAUCGGUUGGCCUGAACGGCAAGAUAACUGGCGUCACAACGCUUUACCUGCACAACGAGUGUUUGUAGAUGUUGCAAAGACUAUCUCAAAGUUCGAACCUGUUACAGUCUGUGCAAGCCCCUCUCAGUGGGAGAAUGCAAGGAAACAGCUUCCAGAGGAUAUCAGAGUUGUUGAAAUGAGCAUGAAUGAUUCUUGGUUCCGUGACUCUGGACCUACUUUUGUUGUAAGGAAAAGACCAUUAAAGCUCAGUUCUAUUAACCGAAACAUCGCUGGAAUCGACUGGAACUUCAAUGCUUGGGGAGGAGCUGAGGAUGGCUGUUACAAUGAUUGGACUCAUGACCUUCUUGUUUCCAAAAAGAUUCUCUCUGUUGAGCGGAUUCCAAGGUUCCAACACUCUAUGAUUCUUGAAGGAGGCAGCAUCCAUGUCGAUGGAGAAGGAACCUGCCUUGCCACAGAAGAGUGUCUCUUAAACAAAAACCGAAACCCUCACAUGAGUAAAGAACAAAUAGAGGAAGAACUCAAGAGAUACCUCGGAGUACAAACAUUCAUCUGGCUUCCACGUGGUCUUUACGGUGACGAUGACACAAACGGUCACAUUGACAACAUGUGCUGUUUUGCUAAACCGGGAGUUGUGUUAUUAUCCUGGACAGACGAUGAAACCGAUCCUCAAUACGAAAGAUCUUUAGAAGCUCUUUCGGUUUUCUCAAACUCUGUAGAUGCUCGUGGGAGGAAGAUUCGAGUCGUUAAGCUUCAUGUCCCUGGACCGCUUUAUAUGACGGAAGAAGAAGCUUGUGGAAUCGUUCAGGAAGGUGAAGCUAAAGCAAGACUUGCGGGGACGAGACUCGCAGCGUCUUAUGUGAACUUCUAUAUUGCUAAUGGUGGAGUAAUCGUGCCGCGGUUUGGUGAUGUGAAACGUGAUGAAGACGCUAUUCGUGUUCUUUCAGAGACGUAUCCUCAUCACGCGGUUGUGGGGAUAGAGAAUGCAAGAGAGAUUGUUCUAGCUGGUGGUAACAUACAUUGUAUUACGCAGCAGCAGCCGGUGGAGCCUAGUUCCGUCGCCGACAAUGGUCACUGAUAAUGGUGUUCUUCACGAGCUGAUGCUGGAUUUGAAGUACUGCUGUUCCCAGGGGUUUAAUGAAUCCUGGCCGUUAGUUUAUUUUUUUUAUUCAUGGGAGCAAACGAGAACUGUACGAUUGUUACAUUUAUAGCUCGUUGACUAAAGAAUAAUGUUAUUUGGUUUUAAAUUCUGAUCGGUCAGACCAUUCCUGUCGGUUAUACUGAUAAAAUAAUUCUUAGUACAAAACAGGAAAACAGUUAAGUAUAACAUUGUCC